AUGGCUUUUGAAAACAGUGACAACCACAAAGAUCAACAACUGGGUCAGCACAUUCAUUUUUCUCCUCCCAAGCCACCACACUCUCCAAAGAAACCCUCACCACUUAGACAAUGCCAACGCCUCUCCUCUAUACCCGACUAUGAUCAAAUCAGCAACUUGAGCUUACACGACGAAGAUUCAGCAACUUACUUACAAGAUAUUCGAAAUAACCGCGUCGCACGACUCAAUGGCUCGAGGCCGCCUCCGCCGUCGAGAAUAGCAAGCAAGCGCCAGCAGCAGCGACCGACUUCCAGCGACGACUCUUUCCAGGCCAUCACUAACACACCAGUUCCGACCACCUCGCAUACCCGUCAAAAGAGCUUGGAUUCCAUUGACCGUGGCGAGUUCGUCGGUCGCCCUCUUGUAUCGCAACCCGGGCCUUCCAAGGUGGCCAAGCCGUCAUCUUUGGUCGCACAACCCAUACACGAGGCUAUAGAAGAGUUGAACCUGGAUGAAGAACAACGCAUACAUGCAGCCGCCCAGGACGAGGCUGCUGAGCUAGUUUGGAAGCAUCGCACUGGUCACGACCCUGAGAAAGAGCGUGCUUCUGCAUACACAAAUCCAGACGUGGACUCCAAAGCCGCGCGAAAGGACUACCGUGCCCAUCUUCGCACCACAAGCAAAGACAGAAUCGAAAGCCGUCCUCUCGCCACCAAUCGUCCGGCAGUGAAUGGUUCACCGAUCGCGUCUCCCGAAAGGCCUAGCACCAGGGCUAUCCCCGACGAUCCUUUCGUCGAAAGUACGCCUGUCUCUACCCCUAUCCCUACACCUCGAAGCACGCGUUCAAAAGGCAAAAGUUACGAAGGACUCGCAAACGCCGUGGCAAACGAUGUCGCAGUAUCAAAACGACGUGUAAGCAGUGGGUCCAAACGACGACCUAGCGCAGAUGUCAAGGCCGGGUUUAUGAGCCCCACCGACAGAAUUUACGAGGAACCGGACGAACAACUGAAGGAAGCAAGAGCUGCAGAAGUGCAAAGAGCGACAGCAAAGGUGGAAGCAAAGUCCGAAGAGGUUCCACGUCACGUUCGCAGGAACCCUUUUGCGCGAGUGAGAUUGGCACAGGAGAAAUUCGAGAAAAAGAAUCUCCCUCUGGCUACUCAGUCAAGAAGACCGACGAUAAAGAGUCCAUUUCUGGCUACACGGCAAAGAAGCAUGAAAAGANUUGAGAUCCAGAGAAAUCCACCUUCGCAAUCCCGCAAUGCUUUCUACACGGUCAACAAUUCUGUGCCAGCCUCACCCAAUCUUCCACCUCAAGAGAUACCCGAGAAGGCUGUAGAGGACAGCCCAAAGAUAAAAGAUGGCAAAGAAAUACGCAGCGACGACAUACGCUCUGCAACCGCCAUGAAGCGCAAGGACAGGAGCCCCAAUCUACCCCAACCAACCGCAGUCAGCGACAGUCCUGGCAGACCUAUUGUUAGUUUCCAAUCAGGGUGGAAGCCCAAGGAGAUCCAGUUGGUUGAGGAGAAACCGAUUGAUCUCCCCAACUCUCUGGCCGUAGGGAAGAAUGCCNCCUCCGACGCUGCUUUGAGUGGAAAGCAGAGACGUUACUCGCUGCCACGUUCUCAGCAAGGCCCACCUCCAAUUCCUACAAUCAUGACUCCGGACGAACCAGCAACAAGAUCAAGCGAGCUACCUGGUACUAUGCCCACGAUUUCGGUCCUGACCGCUGACAUUCCGAUGAUUGUCGUCCCAGACGAUCCUGUCUCAAGCCCGUCCAAGACACUUUCUGAGGAGCCGGACAUUCCUGGGAUAAGUCUGUCUUCUGGCACUGUGAAGCCUCCGGUCUUCGUCAUCAACGAGCCUUCCAGUGUGAAGGCUGACCGACCACCACUGCUACAGCAUCGUCCGCAGUCUUCGCCGCCAAAGACGUCUUCGCCCUUGUCGAAACGACCUCUCCCAACUCCUACACCUUCAGCUGCUCGCCCGCUUCCCAUUCCUUCGAAGACGUCGCCGUUCCCAGCAGUGACUAAACCUCAUAUGACGCCAUCUGUAAGGAGGAAUACGGCAUUGUGUGCCCAUUGUGCAUUGCCCAUAGCAGGGCGCAUCUUGAGUGCCGCAGGCGAGCGUUUCCAUCCUUCAUGCUUCAAAUGUCAUGAGUGUAGCAUCAAUCUCGAGUGUGUGGCCUUCUACCCGGAACCAGACAAGAAGCGAGCGGAGCGCUUGGCUCGCAUCCAUCAACGUCGACAAGGCAUUGACGUUAAUCUGCCUGCAGGUGUGACCGAAGAUGAUGUCAGAAGGCUAGAGGAACAGGACGGUGAUGAAUCGCUACGAUUUUUCUGUGGACUAGAUUUCCACGAGUUCUUUAGUCCACGUUGCAAGAGUUGCAAGACACCUAUUGAAGGCGAAGUAGUCGUUGCUUGUGGAGCAGAAUGGCAUGUUGGCCAUUUCUUCUGUGCACAGUGUGGUGAUCCUUUCGAUUCGACGACACCUUUUGUCGAAAAGGACGGAUAUGCAUGGUGUGUAGGCUGUCAUACCAACAGAUACAGCGCAAAGUGCCGUAAAUGCAAACGCCCAGUCACGGAGAUUGUGGUCAAGGCCUUGGGUUCUGACUGGCACGCAGACUGCUUCUGCUGCACG